AUGCCAAUUCCUCAACCUCAUGGAGGCUGUUUGCAAGACUUGGUGGUUCGAGAUGAAUCCAUAAGAGAUCUGCUUCUUAACGCGGCUUUAAGUGGAAACCUCGCUGAGCUUUUGUUAAGUGACAGACAGCUUUGUGACUUGGAAUUAAUUUUGAACGGAGGGUUUUCCCCAUUGAUCGGAUUCCUCAAUGAAGAUGACUAUAACUCUGUUGUAUCAGACAUGAGGUUGACGACUAUUAAGAAUGAAGCAGGUCAAGGAUUGUUAUGGCCUAUGCCCAUCACCCUUGAUGUUUCAGAGGCAGCAUCGAAGUCAUUUUCAUUGGGUGACAAGGUUGUUCUUAAAGACCCGCGCGAUAAGCAAGCACUUGCUAUCCUAACAAUUGAGUCGAUUUAUAAGCCAGACAAGGAGCGUGAGGCGAAGUCAGUGUUCAGAGGAGACCCAGAACACCCAGCGGUCGACUAUCUCUACAACGUCGCCGGUGAUUAUUAUUUGGGUGGGUCAAUUCAGGGAAUUUGUUAUCCCAAACACUAUGACUAUACCGAUUCCCGGAAACAUCCCAUUCAAUUAAGGAAAGAAUUUGAGACUCGUGGGUGGAGCGAUCAAAAGAUUGUUGCUUUUCAGACUAGAAACCCAAUGCAUAGGGCCCAUAGAGAGCUCACAGUUAGAGCCGCCAAAGAUCUUGGUGGAAACUCUCACAUCUUGAUACAUCCCGUGGUAGGGAUGACAAAACCUGGCGACAUUGACCAUCAUACACGUGUUAAAGUGUACCAGCAAAUCUUAAAGAAAUAUCCUGCUGGGCUAGCUACCCUCUCUUUAUUGCCAUUGGCAAUGAGAAUGGGUGGAGAUCGAGAGGCCUUGUGGCAUGCCCUUAUCAGAAUGAAUUAUGGAGUUGACCAUUUCAUUGUCGGGAGAGACCAUGCAGGUCCCGGAAAAAACUCAAAAGGUGUUGAUUUCUACGGACCUUAUGAUGCUCAAGAGCUCUUAGCUAGUUUGAGUUCGGAGCUUAAUGGCAAGAUAAACAUUGUCCCUUUCAGAAUGGUGACUUAUCUCCCAGACGAAGACAGAUAUGCUCCCAUUGAUACUAUUGAUACCUCUUCAGUAAAGACAGCUAAUAUUUCCGGCACUGAAUUAAGACAACGUUUGAGAGAUGGUACUGAUAUCCCAGAGUGGUUCUCAUACCCAGAGGUCGGCUUUGUGGUUGCAAUCGAUACAUCUACCGGUGGCGAGGAAUCCGGUGAAAUUUUGGCCGCUGCUUUGCAGCUGUCAUUGAAUCAGCACUGUGAAGGAAGGCGAGUUACCAGAUUACCAAGGUCCCUCAAUGAUGCAUUCUUAGUUCAAGAGUUGGUCAAAGCAGGCUCUGCGGUGGUCUUGCAAUCUGACACAAGCUUGGAGCCGAUCGUCUCAAACGUCGGACCGGCGAACAGCAUCGUGAUAACUGCCUCGGCUGGUAAGGCCGCUUUCGAAUAUACUGUUGCAGGCAACGAGCCCACAGAUGCAAGUGGAUUGUGUUCUAGACUCAUCCAACACUUGAGAUCUGAUGGCUUCCUUAAAUAA